AGUGGGAGUGAUCAGAGUCCCAUGGCUAACUCCACUGUACCUCCCUCGCUGGCCUGUGGCCUUAUCAAUGCUGCCAACCGGUACUUGAGCGCUGAGCCCUUCCGCUUCCAGGUGGUGGCCACGGGCUUGGUGCUGCGGCUCCGCCAGGUCUGGAUGCUGCUCUUCGUGCCCUCAGAGGGAGCUGGGGCGGCCGGGCAGGCUGAGGAGAGUGGGCAGAGGCUUUAUCUGCUCAGCUCCCUGCAGCGCUUCCUGGCGGCCGAUCCCAACGGUAAAGUCACCUGUGACCAGGAGACCCCGGGCCCGGGAGCCCUCUUCUGGCUGCGGCAGUACCCAGAUGGCAAGGUGUGCAAACUCCACCCCCCCAGAGCUCCCCAUUGCCCCACACCCCAGGCACCAGCUCCACUGAGCCUGAGUCCCCCUCCUGCUGCGGCAGCACCUGAGGGCAAAGUGUGAGCCCCCACCUGCCCUACCA